UGUCACGCGCACGCGUUCAUUUAUCUGUCUGUUAACACAGCCGAACAUGCGCGCGCCGAGCUCUUCAUGACGCGAAAGAGAGCAGGGCAUUUCUCCAGGACAGUUUGAGGGUUACUUCUGCACCUGAAUGCUAGCAGAGAGUGAGAACUCGACGGGAAAGAUCGCGCAGGUGUUCAGCAGCCCGAAGAAUGCAACUUCUCACCUGCGCAUAAGAGGCUGCUGGUCUGUGAAUGGGACUGUGCUGUGGUCAACAUCGCCGCCUGUGCUUCAGUCAGGACUAUGUGCUGCCCGUGUGCCACUCUGAAUGCACUGGCCAGCUGUUUGCGAGAGCAGGGAGGGUGGCACGGCCCACCGGGGGCGCGGCGGGAACCGGGCGAUGCCCCCUCCGUUCCGGAUCGCCGUGCUGGGAGCUCCAGGGGUGGGCAAGACGGCCAUUGUGCAGCGCUUUCUUCACGAUGACUACAGUGAGGUGGCCUUGUCCAGUAAGACCCGGCGGGUGCAUCUCUCUGCCGCAGUGCUCAAUGGUCAUGUGCAUGACCUUCAGAUCACAGAUUAUCCAGCCAUCAGCAGCUUUCCUGGCAGCACUCUGCAGGAAUGGUCAGAUGUUUGCUGUCGAGGCAUUCGAAGUGCUCACGUCUACGUUCUGGUGUACGACAUCUGCUGUUUUGACAGCUUUGAGUACGUCAAGACCAUGCGGCAGCAGAUCUUAGAAACCAGAGUGAUGGGCUCUGGGGAGACGCCCAUUCUAAUCGUCGGCAACAAGCGUGAUCUUCAGCGAGGUCGCAUCAUCCCUCGACACAGUGUUUCUGACUUAGUCCAAAAGAGCUGGAAGUGCACAUACGUGGAGUGCUCUGCCAAGUUCAACUGGCACAUUUUGCUGCUGUUUGGGGAGGCUCUGCGCAGCGUGGGUUGUGUCCGCUGCAAACACAUCCACGCCACCAUCCGUUUCCAGCGGGCGCUCAGGAGAGAGCGAUGCGUCCUAAUGUGAGGCCGCACUUCCUCUUCUGCGCUGCUGCUUUUGAAGCGCUUUAUGGGAUCUGUAUGGAUGGUUGGUUAAUGUUUGGGCAGCUGGAGGAGCUGUGAUAACCCUCUUGCCAAGGAAUUUCACAUUUGGGAUUUGAACUAUGGAUAGACAGAUGUGGGGGUCUUAAAGCAGGGAGUUCUCCUGUUGCUUCAUUACCUAAAGCCUUCAAAUUGAUGUCUUCGCUUUUAGGCUUGAAGAACACAACCAAUGUCUCUGCCUCUUGUCUUAGGAGUCCAAACCGCCAAAAAAGCCAUGCGAAGGCGAUAGCUCAAAGGGAUAGUUCACUCAAAAAGUGGUUCCAAAUCUUUAUAAGCGUUAAAUGUUUUCUGUUGAGCACAAUAGAAGAAAUUUCGAACAAUGUUGGAAACCGUUAGCUGUUAGCCAACUGUUUUAUGCACAUUUUUAAAUAUUGCAUUAAAAACUUAGCACUGAAUAGGAUAAACUACACUACCUGACAAAAAUCUUGUCACCUAUCCAAGUUUUAGGAACAGAAAAUAAUAGCUUGACUUCUUAGUUGAUCAUUUGGUAUCAGAAGUCAUCUGGAAUGGCAAAGAAAGCGUUCUUGCAGGACUCCUAGAGUUCAUCAAGAUUCUUUGGAUUCAUCUUUAGUGCCUCCUCGUUCAUCUUACCCCAGACAUGCUCAAUAAUGUUUAUGUCUGGUGACUGGGCUGGCCAAUCCUGGAGCACCUUGAUCUUCUUUGCUUUCAGGAACUUUGAUGUGGAGGCUGAAGUAUGAGGAGCGCUAUCCUGCUGAAGAAUUUGCCCUCUCCUGUGGUUUGUAAUGUAACGGACAGCACAAAUGUCUUGAUACCUCAGGCUGUUGAUCUGCAGAUCUUUCGCACGCCCCAAUACUGAAUGUGACCCCAAACCAUGAUUUUUUCUUCACCAAACUUGACGGAUAUCAGUGAGAAUUUUGGGUCCAUGCGGGUUCCAAUAGGUCUUAUGAUUGGGAUGCAGCUCAACAGAUGAUUCAUCAGAAAAAUCUGCCUUCUGCUACUUUUCUAAAUAAUCAACUAGAAGUCAAGUCAUUAUUUAUUGCUCUUACAACUGGGUUCAACAACAAGACUUUUGUCAGGUAGUGUGCAAUGGAAACACAUUUACAGAAUAAUUCCAGCAAACUAAUCAUGAUUUUGUUUGAUUUUGAUCCUGUGAUAACAAGAGUAGACUUAAUAGGACUGCAUUAGUGGACAGACCAGCUGACCGACCACAUUGUAAAUGAUCUGAAAUGUUGUUUUAGUCAUCCCUCAGCCAAAUUCCCUCAUCAAAGUGGUUUAGUAUUAUUACCUCCCAGAACUGACUGUGGCUUCCAUAGUAGGAAUACUGUGCAAGUCAGUGGUUGCUGAUUUCCAACAUUCUUCAAGAUGUCUUCAUUUCAGAAAAUAAUACGUUUGGAACAAGUAGAGGAGUAAAUAAUAUCAGAAUUUUGAGUUUUGAGUUUUGUGUGAACUAUCCCCUUAAUGUCACAGCACAUGGGCUCCUCUGUGGUUUUGAGGAUAUGCUGAAGGAUCUUCCAGUACCUGCCAGCAGAAGUGUGUCCCAGCAAGCUGCCGUACGCAGGCACUUAUUGCGCUAUACACAACACAAAUCAUACCAAGAGUCUGUUAUAUACAGUUGAAGUCAGAAUUAUUAGCCCCCCUUUGAAUUUUUUUUCUUUUUUAAAUAUUUCCCAAAUGAUGUUUAACAGAGCGAGUAAAUUUUCACAGUAUGUCUGAUAAUAUUUUUUCUUCUGGAGAAAGUCUUAUUUGUUUUAUUUCGGCUAGAAUAAAAGCAGUUUUUUUAAAAAAAAUAUACAUAUUUUAAGGUCACAAUUUUUAGCCCCUUUAAGCUAUAUUUUUUUCCCGAUAGUCUACAAAACAAAUCAUCAUUAUACAAUAACUUACCUAAUUGCCCUAACCUGUCUAGUUAACCCUAUUAGCCUAGUUAAGCCUUUAAAUGUCACUUUAAGCUGUAUAGAAGUGUCUUGAAAAAUAUCUAGUAAAAUAUUAUUUACUGUCAUCAUGGCAAAGAUCAAAUAAAUCAGUUAUUAGAAAUUAGUUAUUAAAACUAUUAUGUUUAUAAAUCUUGAAAAAAAUCUUCUCUCCGUUAAACAGAAACUGGGUAAAAAAUAAACAGGGAGGCUAAUAAUUCUGACUUCAACUGUAUAUACUUGCCUUUAAUAAAGGGAUAGUUCGCCCAAAAAUUGUAUACUUCAUGGAUGUGUUUAAACUUUAAAACGAAUAUUCUAUAUGUGGUCCUGGUUUGCUUGGAAUUUACUUUUUUUGGGAUCCAUGUUUUCUGUUUUUGUCUGCUUUCUUAUUUGGUGCACAAUCGAUUUUUGUUGGGUCAACAUGAAAGAAUAAAAAUGCUAAUCAUUAGUUUUUACAAAUUUUAGUGGAUUGAACAUUUAAGUUCUCCCAAAAAACCCACAAGAAUUGUGAUGUUUCAGCUCAUUUUAUACAAGUAGUUUGAACAAACAGCAAUUUUUUGAGUGUGUAUACCAAGGUGUGCAUUUCUUUUUAAACUGCACCAGAGUUGGUUUUAAUCAGACCAAACAUCCCAUCAAUCAAACCUGUGUGUGAACACACCACAUUCCAAAUUUUAGAACUUUUGUUAUUGCAUUUGUUGUUUUCCAUGCAGUUACAUUAAAUGGGGACUUUAAAAAGAAUGCAAAACUAACGUACAAUAUAAAUCAUAUUGCUCUGAAAUCAUCUGAUAAUUUGUGACCGAAGCUGCUCCAUGAUGAUUGUGCUGGUCAUGUUUAUUACCAAAUUACAAAAAAUAGAUUUAUUUCAACACUAAUAAAAAUAAAGUAAAAAUAAAAAUUCCGUGAAUAACCUUUGAAGGGAUAGUUCACCCAAUAAUAAAUAAUUCCUAACCGUUUACUCGCAAUCAGUUUCUUUUUUCUGUUGAGCAUACUGACAGAGUAAUACCGGUAAAAAUCUGAAAAUUACCAGAAACAAAUUUACCAUUUUCUUUUUUAAAAAAGGGCCAGUUCACACAUAACCUCUUCACAGCAACUUGCUGAUAAUUUUCCAGAAAAGUCUGCACAGUCUGUAAGCCAAAAUAGUGUGAGCCAAAAAUACUAUGGAAGUGGCUGCUGUUUUCCAACAUUCUUAAAUAAACUUUUUGUGUUAAACAGAAGAAAUAGAUUCAGAACAAGUGGAGGAUGAGUAAAUGAUGACAGAGUGUUCAUUUUUGGAUGAACUAUCCCUUUAAUAUUUCUAGAACCUUUACAUUCCACUGGAAGGUUUAGUUAUUGUUAUGUUAUUGUUAUGACCAUUUGUCAUUUACUUAUUUAUAUUUGUUUCUUUGUUUAUAUUAUUUUUAUUUCUGCUUUGAGUUUUCAAACUUAUGAGUACUAAGUUUAUGUUUUCCAUCUAAUAAUUAUAUUUGAUUUGAUUUCAGUUACAAAUAUAUAAAAUAUAUAGUUUUUAGUAAACAAUACCCACACUGGUGCAGAAGUUGUGUGCACAAUACUUUUAUGGUGGUUUUAUGGUGAAUCCCCAUUGAAGUGUAUGAGUGAAGUGAAGUUGUUCUGUUUUCGAACAUUGCAAUUUCGUGUAACAGAAGAUUUUGAACUAUACUUUUAAAGGAACACUCCAAAUAGGCUCAUUUUACAACUCCCCUAAAGUUUGAGCUGAUUCAGUUGAUUUCUGGGUCUGACUGGAGCACUUUUAUUAUUUAAUCAUAAAUCAUUGAAUCGCAUUAGACCAUUUGCAUCUUGCUCGAAAAUUUCAAAAAUCUUUUUAAAGCUUGACUCUUCUGUAUUUACAUCAUGUACUAAGACGAUUGAAAAUGAAAAGUUGCUAUUUUCUAGGCUGAAAUGUCUAGGAACUGUACUCUCAUUCCAGCGUACCAUGGCUGUAGUAGGCGCAAUGAUAUUACUCGGAUUCUAACCGGUGGUGCUGGGGACUAUUUAUUAGGUGCUGUGUAUUAUCUUUGCACCGGCUGCAGCAAUGGUCAGGAGUCGAGCUUUAAAUAGGAAAACUAUCGAAAGUCUUUGGUCAUUUUUGAGUGAGAUGCUAAUGGUCUAAUCCAAUUUAAUGAUCUAUGCUAAGCUAAGCUAAAAGUUCCCCCGCCAGACCUGGAGAAAAAAUGGUAAAAGUCAACAGUUUAUUUCUAGGGAAGUUGAAGAACUGAAAGUGGAGUGUAUCUUUAGGAAACGUCCUGAUACUGUGUCUUAUCCCUCCAUAAUAAUUUAUGCCAAGAAUUUGUCCCAGUUUAAGAUGUUAAAGACUCAUUAAAUCAUGUCACCUUGCCCAGUUUAGUCCCAACCCUGCUCCAACACACUUACCUGUAGGUUUCAAACAAGCCUGAAGGACUUAAUUAGUUUGGUCAGGUUUGUUUAAUUAGGGUUGGAACUAAACUGUGCAGAGCUGCGGCCCUCCAGCAACUGAGUUUGACACCUGUUCUUUAAAGGAACGCUCCACUUUGGAAAGUCCCCUAAAGUUUGACUUGGUUCAGUUGAUUUCUGGGUCUGAUGGGAGCACUGUUAGUUUAGCUUAGCAUAAAUCAUUGAAUUGGAUUAGACCAUUAGCACCUCGCUCAAAUUUCAAAAAUCUUUUUUUAAAGCUUGACUCCUCUGUAUUUACAUCAUGUACUAAGGCGAUGGAAAUGAAUCGUUGCUAUUGUCUAGGCUGAUAUGUCUAGGAACUGUACUAUCAUUCCAGCGUAACAAUCAAAGAUCUUUGUUGCCGUACCAUGGCUGCAAUGAUAUUACACAGAUUCUAUCUGGCGGUGCAGUGCUGUGUAAUAUCUUUGCACUGGCUGCAGCAAUGGUCAAGAGUCAAGCUUUAAAUAAGAAAACUAUCAAAAGUCUUUGGGUUUUUUUGAGUGAGAUGCUAAUGGUCUAAUCCGAUUCAAUGAUCUAUGCUAAGCUAUGCUAAAAGAUCCCCUGCCAGACCCGGACAUUAUCUAAAUGGAUUAAAAAAUGGUAAAACUCAACUGUUUAACUCUUGGGGAGCUGUAAAAUGAGUUUGUUUUCCGUAAAGUGGAGUGUAUCUUUUAAGAAACGUCCUGAUACUGUGUCUUAUCCCCCCAUAAUAAUUUAUGCCAAGAAUUUGUCCCAGUUUAAGAUGUUGUAGACAUAUUAAGUCAUGUCACAAGAAAAAGUGGAAAAUAUCAUUUGUAUGUAAAUGUGUUAUAAAUGUACAACCUUACAUUGUAAAUCCCGUUUUGUCACGCAGAGGCCUGGACGAUGUUUGUGUGCGGCAAAUAACAAACUAAAAAUAUAUCCUCCUUUAAUAAUUCAACCCACCUCAUCUCUGGCACACACACACACACAGCACAGCAGCUUCUGCGAGAUCAAAAACACAUGUACAAAUGUCUACAUGUAAAAAAGCACAUUAGUCUAAUAAAUGGAUGCUGGACACGGAAAA